UCGCCACCUCGCCAGUCCUACCCUGGAGCGCACCAGCAACGCUCGUGAGUUCGUAAAUACGCAUUCAGAAGAAACAAGUGAAGUGCCGCAAUCAUUCGAUCCGUUUGUUCCCCCGGAAAUUUGAAUUUGGAAUCUCGAAGUGGAUUUUGUUUUUGUGUCGUUCCAGCCAGGAAGUGUUUUGUGUUUUGAGUUCGCUGUGUGGAGUUGGAGAUGCAAAAAGUUUGAAACUCUUCCCUAUCACAGCAACCAAGAUGUGAUUGAAAUACUUAACUGCUUUUAAUCAGAUAAAAAGAAAACAAAACUCCGCAAAAUGAUGUUUGAAUUCCGAACGCGUUUCCGACGACCUUAGAAAAGAGUUUUCGCACCUUACACCCAACCUCCUUGCACCAUGGACAUCGACGAAAAAGUGUCCGGCCCGGGAGGGGCGUCGCAGAAAAACUGGACUCACUUGAACAACAGUGAGCUGCCUCUGGAGAUGACGUUCAACCAUGGGCACGUGGUGUCCAUAACUGUGUACAGUGUGCUGAUGGUGGUGUCCGCGACCGGGAACCUGACAGUUCUGUCGCAGCUGGUGAAGCGGCGGCAGGCGGGCCGCGCGAGCAGGCUGGAUGUGCUGCUCAUGCAUUUAGCUGUCGCCGAUCUUAUGGUGACAUUCCUGAUGAUGCCGCUGGAGAUCGCGUGGGCGGCCACGGUGGAGUGGCGCGCCGGGGACCUCGCGUGCCGCGUCAUGAUGUUCGCAAGGACCUUCGGACUGUACCUGUCCAGCUUCGUGCUCAUCUGUAUUGCUGUCGACAGAUACUACGCGAUCCUGAAGCCCCUCAACGUGGAGUGGGAGGCGCGAGUGAAGCGCGCGCUGCUGGUGGCCUGGCUGUGCGCCGCGCUGGCCAGCCUGCCGCAGAGCAUCAUCUUCCACCUGGGGGAGCACCCGGAGGUCAAGGGGUACUUCCAAUGCGUAUCCUACGGCUCGCUGCCGACGCCGCAGCACGAGCUGGCGUACUUCCUGCUGAACAUGAGCCUCAUGUACGCGGCGCCGCUGCUGUCCACGCUGUACUGCUCCUCGGCCGCGCUGCGCGAGAUCAUGCGCCGCGCCAACACUAGCCAUGACAAGAUGCGGCGCAGUGGCGUGGGCAUCCUGGGCCGCGCGCGCGCCCGCACUCUCAAGAUGACCGUCACCAUCGUCAUCGUGUUCUUCACGUGCUGGUCCCCGUACUACUGCUACUGUCUGUGGUACUGGGUGGACCAGGAGUCGGUGAUGCGGCUGGACCCGGCGGUGCAGAAGUGUCUGUGGCUGUUCUCGUGCACCAACUCGUGCGCCAACCCCAUCGUGUACGGCAUCUUCAACCGGAACCGCUUCUUCUGGAAGACCAAUCCUAACAGCCGUUUCCGAAACGGCAGCGCCCGCCGCGGCUCCCACCUGCCCUACGGAGAGUCCAUGGAGAUAUCAGCCGCUGUUCUGGCCCGGGCCCGACACUCCUACAGCAGCCAGCGACACAGCACCGGCCUCGACCGACCAGACUCCACGCAAUCCACCCCAAAACCCGACCAGAAGAAUAAAAAAGUCUGGUUCGGCGCCAAGAACGGAUGGCACAAAACCGUUAAUAACAACAAUAACGUUAGCAACGAUAUCGUUUAAUAGUGCUGUUUAUAGUUAUUUGGUUUAAUGGAGUGGAGAGAAAUCUCGUUAACAGAUGGCGCCACUGCGCGCAUGGACUGAUCUAUGACUGGCUGUUAGGUAGUACAUAUAAUGAUGUGUUGUUAAAUAAAUAUUUUCAAUGAUGUCAGCGAUGUGAAGGGAAACCUAAAAAAAGAUUGUAGGUAAGACAAAUAUUUUUUAAUCUCUACCUAGAAAUAAUCAUAAAAUGAUGUAUGUUGUAAAAAGUAAAAAUAUUGUACAUACCUACCUAUGGAAAUGUACCUAUAUAAAAUAUGUAUAUUUAUGUAAAAAAAAUAUAAACCACAUAUCGUGUUUUUUUUUCAGUGGUCUUAGUGUGUUAUGACUUAUAUUAUAGGCAAAUGAACUUAUUAUUUUAAUAAAAUAGACAAAGAACACAGCUCAAAAAAUAUUUACAGAAAAGUUUACACGUUAUCGUUAUUUUUGUAAUAGGACCUAUGCUACUUAAAUAGUGUGUAAAUGCUAAUUAUGGACAACAGUUAUUUUAUUUCUCUCGGAUACAUCAAACGUCUGGGAACAAAAUAGCGGUUAAUCACCUACGCAGGCUUAUUAUUUUGUGGAAGAUUUAUAAAUUCAGUCACCUAAUGACAGUACAUUCCUAAUGGUUAAAUAUAUAGGUACGUAUAUUAGAGUACAUUUU